ACCACAUCAUUCUUCGGGCCUGUCCUUGCAACAGCAACAAAGUUCACGAUGAUGAAAUUUUCGUAGUAAAACAAGUGUCGAUAAUAUAUACUUCGUUUUAUAUUAGUUUAGACCUAUAUGCAAUGCUAACGGACAACACAUAAAUAUCUCAAGAUGGUAUACAUUGCGAGAGAUGGAACCGUUCAUCAGAAACCUCCAUGGAACAUUCGUCUCAUGGGUCUGAUUAUCGGAUUCUUCAACUUCAUUGCAAUGUUUUUCAAAACGAUGUUCGGUAUGGACUCAAACGGCCCGUCGAGUAGUGGUGACACCUACAACUCCCGGCGAGGUGGUGGUCCAGGAGGAGGAGGAGGUGGAGGUCCUCCUGGGGGACCACGACGACGUCCGAUAGGAAGAAUGAUGACUCUCAGUGAUUGUACAAUUCCGGGUGGUGGAUGAGCGCGGUAAAGCAUCCGCAUUGUAGUCUCGCCGGUUGCAAUAGGAUGCCGUCAUUCUUUCGAAGGAUAACUUUUGUGAAUCUAAAGGUGCAACAGCCUUUGUAUGACGAAUUAGUCCUAAACCUACGCUAAACCACGGGCGGGUUAAUUCUGAAGAGGAUUCUCAAAAGUUGCCAAAACAAAUGUUCUACUCUUAAAAAUAUGUAACCUCUAUUUGCUAAAAACUAUUUCAUUGAUGUACACAAAAAAAUACAGUUAAAUAAAUGUAACAAACCUUGA